AUGCUCUCGUCGUCGUCCCGCCGGGAAAGCAGGAUGGUGGUGGAGAACCCGCAGACGAAGAAGGUGGGCUGCAUGUCCGGCAUCUUCUUCUUCCUCAACAUGAACCGCCACAACUCCCGCAAGCGCCUCCUCUCAGGGAAGAACCGAAGUAGCAGCAGCAACAGCAGCAGCAGCAAGACCCCCGAGAGCUCUCCGGCGAACCCCACUCGGCCUGCCGCGGCGGCGCCGCCCGCCGCCGUGUCCUCCGGCGAGAAGUCCGUGAGGCGGCUCUCCUGCGAGAUCCCACGUAGCCCCACGCUUCCCUCGGAGAUACGACGGUUAGACUCCCCGGUUUGCUCCCCACGCAAGCCGCCGGCGCUGGUGGCGCGGCUGAUGGGGUUGGACGACUCGCCGCCGCCGCACGACUCACCCCAGUCGGCGGCGGAGAAGCGGCGGAAGCUCCUGGGGGCGCUGGAAAGGUGCGAUGAGGACCUCAUGACUCUGAAGAGGAUCAUCGAUGCCCUGCGCGCGGCGGAGACUCAUCGGGACUCCGGCGGCGGCGCAGGGGUGGAGGAGAAGCGGUGUCUCGAGGAGGAAGAUGGCAAGCCGAGUCCCGUCUCGGUGCUCGACGCGCCGCUGUCUUCUCCAGCGCCGGGCGUCCGCUGGAGGCAGCAGCAGCUGCCGCCAGGUGCACCUCAACCUCAUCUCCAUCGUCGUUAGACUGCAUCUCCCCGUCGCAGCGAAUAAUGACGGAGCAUACUUCAAUUACUGGUUAUUGUUUUCGCCGAAUUAAAUAUCAAAUCCAUUUUAAGUGAUUUGACUUUCAUAGUCAUGUUAUGACAAGAUAAUACAUUUAAUAUUGGUUAAUUCAGAAUAAAAACACGCGUCACCACUGUUUUUAAGCUCCAACCAAACGACUGAGAAUAUGACGCCGUCAUCUGCGUUGACUUUCGUGUUCGAUCGAUCUUAUGUCCUUUUAUUUUGGAACAAGCAAGAACCGGUUCAUCGCGCUAAAGGCGGCGUUCAUGGUGCAGGUGGCGAUGCGGAAGACGCCGGCGACCACCUCCUCCUCGACGGCCACCACCUCGUCCUGCCGGCGUUCGCCUGCAAGAAAGGACCGCCUUCUCUCCCUCCGGAGGACCAGAGGCCGAUUGGGCCGACGAACCUCCCGCGGCCGCGCCGCCGGUGGUGGCGGCGGCAGCGGCCAUGCAGCAAGGCAAUGGCGGAGAGCGUAGAGGAGGUCUCGGAGAGCGGCUUGUGGGAGGAGAUGUGGGAGCUGGACAUGAUAUGGGUGGAGCUGGAAAGGAGCAUCGUCGGCGAACUGGUGGCGGAGCUCGUCAAGGAAUUAGGGUUCCGCCGCGGCAGGCCCUCCUCCCUGCCCUUCUUCACCGGGUGCAGGAAAAGGCUGUUCUUCUAG